GACUGGAUGUCGGCGCCGCAGCAGCAGCUGACGCGCAGCGGCUACCAUGUGGUGUCACUGUUCUUGGGGUUCAUCAUGGUGUUCGGCAUCCUCAACAACCUGCUGGUUCUGGUUCUGUUUUGCAAGUUCAAGACCCUGCGGACCCCUGUGAACAUGCUGCUUCUCAACAUCAGCGUCAGCGACAUGCUCGUCUGCGCAUGUGGGACGACGCUUAGCUUCGUGUCCAGUCUACAUCAUCGCUGGUUGUUCGGUCGGCUCGGAUGCGUCUGGUACGGAUUCAUCAACUCAUGCUUUGGUAUCGUGUCUCUUGUAUCGCUGGCCUUGCUGUCCUACGAGCGCUACAGCACACUGCUGGUCUACAACAAACAGACGUUCGACUACAGGAAGCCUCUGCUUGCAGUAGGCGGGGCUUGGCUGUACUCUUUGGCCUGGACAUUUCCCCCCCUGCUGGGCUGGAGCAGCUACGGGCCUGAGGGAACCGGAACCAGCUGCUCCGUCGCUUGGACUGAGCCCACGUCUCGCUCGCACUCCUACAUCAUCUGUCUGUUCAUCUUCUGCUUGGGCGUGCCUGUCCUGAGCAUGGUGUACUGCUACAGCCGUCUGCUGCACGCCGUCAAACAGGUGGGGAGAAUUCGACACACCGCGGCAAGACGACGUGAGUUCCACAUCCUGUUCAUGGUUGUAGUCACGGUGGGGUGCUUCCUCCUCUGCUGGAUGCCUUAUGGCGUUGUCGCUAUGAUAGCCACGUUCGGCCAGCCGGGUCUCAUCAGCCCGGUGGCGAGUGUGGUGCCUUCCAUCCUUGCCAAGAGCAGCACUGUCUUCAACCCAGUCAUUUACAUCCUGAUGAACAAGCAGUUCUACCGCUGCUUCCUGACCCUGUUCCACUUCCGGCACCACAUGACAGAGAACGUACACUCUGUCCCAUCCAGAACAACCGUGGUCCAUCUUAACCGUUUGAUCGGGGACAACAGCCCUCUCCCAGCUGCCAAUGCUGCCAAAACCUUAGCCAAAUACUGUGACACAGAGGGCACCUGUGCCAUCAUGACAGAAAAAACUGAACCUUCUGACAACCUGACUACUUGACAAUGAAACCGCCUGACAAUGUAACUACUUGACUAUCAGUGACGUGUGCAUACUGUAUGUUCACAAUAUUUAUUUAAAUUUAACUUAAAAUUAAUAUACUCUAAUCAAUGUUAAUACAGGUUGUUUGAUAGAAGAAGAACAAGAAAAAUAAGAGAUUAGUUUUGUCAGAAACUUGUUUCGAGUUAUUGGCAGACCCCAGGAUGCAGAGACAGGGUAAGGUACAAUGAUAAUUUAAUAAAUGCAAACGAUAACUUGUACAGCUAGGAAGUGCCCAAAAAGAUCAACACUUAUCGAAGUAGAAACAAACAAUGAUGAUCCAGCUGUGCCCAAACUGUCAUGAAGGAUAAUGACAAAUUUACUUUUAUUAAGGGGUUUUGUGUAAGGGUUGUGUAUUUCAAUAAAAUUAGAAAAAAAUUAACUCUGGCUCCUUCUAAAAAAAGAGAUGUUGGCAACAAGCACCUUUUAGCUUACGUACGCCCCUGUGACUCAUUGUGACUCGGAGUACUACAGCUCCUCAGUAAGAUUUGUCUGUAUUUUAGAGUCCGAUUAGCAAGGAUUAAGAUGUCACAUUUUUACUUUUUUUUGUUCAGUUUGGCAGGAAAAUGAAACGUCUCCUUCAGGCUGAAAACCACUACACUUUGAUGUAAGUGUUUGGUGUCUCCGGAUGAGGACUUCUUCAAACUAAGAAGCACAUUUGAUUGUGAUUGUGAAUAAAUCAAAAACAUUUUUCUUGUCAAGUUAAUCUGAUGUGCUUGUAA